UGCGCGAAUCGACGGAGCCGAGAAGAGUCGAAUCGAGACGAGCGUGUCGUACUGUCGUGAGGUACUCGAGGUGCUGUGCUCCCUUUUUCCCCGGGUGUUCCUCACGGAUUUUUCGGCCAGCCGGUGCUCCACGCCCGUGCGUGAUACGCGCGGGAUCGAUUCAGGCCCGCGCCGACGACGAUUCAUGAACGCGGCGACGAAAACGCCGGAUCCGCCGCCGCGUCUCGGUGUAACGACAUUUCCGGAAGGCGAACCGACGUCCGCUCGCGGAAUUUUUGGCACCGACGGCACGCCGUUCCGAAAGAACGUAUCUUCUAUACUAAUCUAUAUUUAAACAUGUCAGAAGAACAUCAAUUGCCUUCUGAUUCGGAUGAGGAUGACGAGGAUUAUGUUCCUGAUGGCGCCGACAGUGAUCCGGUGUCUGAAGUAGAGUCUGAGGGUGAUAUUGAGAGCGGUCCAGAGGAUGAAAAUGAUGAGAACAAAAGAGAAACUGGACGGAAAGAUGCAAAGAGAUCCAAGGGUCGAAAAAGUAAAAAGGCAAAGCGCAGAAGAACUUUAGAAAAGUCGAAAGUAUCGGAAGAAGAAAGUAAAGAGGAAGAAGAAUGUAAAGAGGAAAAGCAGCUCACUGAAGAGGAGGAAAAGAAGAGAGCAGAUUCUCUUUGGGCUGAUUUCAUGAAGGAUACAGCUGUCAUAUCGAAAUCGAAACCACAAAAUUCAAUCAAUAGAUCGAACGAGAGAUCGCCACCGAUUCAAAAGCCAAAAGUCCAAGAAAAAGUUAAGAUAACCAAGGUUUUUGAAUUUGCUGGUGAAGAAGUGAAGGUCGAGAAGGAAGUAUCAGCUGAUUCCGCGGAGGCCAGAUUAUCACUUUCCUCGGCCGAGAAUUCCGCCACAAAGCCAUCGGAAUCUACAUCUCCCGCGGCCAAGGAACGCGUGCGAGGCGGUGUCAAGCGCGCCGGAUUAGGCGGCAUCUCCUCGGUUCUGGGACAAAUCGGGAAAAAGGCCAAAAUUAGUACGUUAGAAAAGUCUAAAUUAGAUUGGGACAACUUCAAGAAACAGGAAAACAUUGAGGAGGAAAUUAAUACUCAUAAUAAAGGCAAGGACGGAUAUUUGGAGCGGCAAGAUUUUCUGCAGAGGGCGGAUCUACGGCAAUUUGAAAUUGAGAAACAGUUACGGAGCACUAGCCGACGUAGUUCGCGGUGAAUUCGCAUUUCCUCGUUCAUAUACAUGUCUCUUCCCACGAGAUGGGACGCUGAGAUAAUAAUAUCGCGGUAGAAGAAUAUUUACUCGCCGACUUGCCAAACUCGAGCGCUUGUUGCACACGCGUUUUAGCCUAAUUCAUUCGAGUUUCGCGCUACAUUUUGAGUGAUACGCGGAGGCAGCGUUCGCCUCGUUCGACUCGACAAUGCGCUGACUACGCUAGCGAUCGGUGGUUUCUUUGAAGCGGGACCGAUCAUUCCAAUGUUUUGAGACUCAUUUCUCAUACGCGUACGUAAUAUAUAAUAGCUUAAUUUACUCUCAGCGAGCCUUCGUCUCGGCCUGACAAACCACACGGAACUUCGCAUCGAAGCUGAUUUGUUCGAAGCUUUUGACGCUUCUUGAAAAGAUUGUGCCCAUGUAGAAUAUGUCCACAAAAAAAAAAAUAUUUUUUUAUUUCAUUUCGAUGGAAACGCGAUACGUUUGCAUGUGUAGUAUGAAUAUACGCGACAUUCUGAUAAUUGACAAUUAGCCGAAAGUUACGAGUGAGUACGAAGGAAUAUAUGUUUUAGGUGAUAUAACAAAAUGGUAUAUAACAUAAUUGACAUUGAUUGACCUCAUUCAUGACCACUGCCUCUGGCAAUAUAUGUGGAAUAUAAUAUUUAUAAAUGGACCUCUCGUAAUAGACUAUUAUGUUGAUGCAGUUGCGGCGAAUUUUGUAUAUCAUCAUCUUUGUCUCAAAGUUGUUAUAUAGAAAGAUAAUGCGGCGCAUAUAAAAUCACACAUUGUUACUUUCAUGUAAUGUAUAUUAGAUAACAAUAUCGAGACAUAAUACAUACACAAGUAUACUCAAUAUCCAAUUAAUAAUCCUCGAUUCAGCUCAGGUUACAGUUUCCUCGAUAUACCGAAUUUCAGAUAUAUUUUAGUGUAAUUCCACACAAGGACUGCUUUGUGAAUUCUUUAAUAAUACUGAAUAAAUUGUCGAAAAGA